UUCGGGUUCUAAGUGGGUUUGGGUUUCAUGGAUUGAAUGAAUUUGUGAUUAAAUGGGUUCGGGUAGUAUCUAGGUAAUUCUAAACGGAUUUGGAACGGAUUCGAAUAUUGUCGGUUUAUUCCUUAAUGGAUUUGGAACGGGUUCAAAUACUUAAAUUAACAAUCAUGUCGGGUAGUUUAUUUCUAGCGGGUACCAACCCUGCCGCCUCCCUACUCAGGACUAAAUAGCAGUUUCUCCUUAAUAAUUCGUAGCUCGUUCUCCACUUCUCGUCUAUCUGUCGCCGCUUUCUUCUUACUUGCCUUUGCCAUGCCAAAUACAAGUUCAAGCCAUUAAAACUUCCAACGAAUUGUAAACCUAAGACUCUCUUCUGUUACCUUCUCAUCCUGCAGCCAUUAAAACAAACCAGACCUGCGCGGCUGCUGAUGGGAAGAAAGCCGCUUCCUGUACUGCCAUCUCACUGAAAAAACAGAAAGUGAAGCUAAACUCCCUUCAAAUCAAUUUUUGAGAAGGCUCGAUUGCAAUAAUGGCUUAUGUUCAACAUGGCAGAAAUGCUUUGUGGCAAAUUAUUAAAGGUGCCAACAUUAAGAGGUCUGAUAGUGCUAUACCUCCACUUCUCUAUUUUUGCCAAGGGGUUCGAUAUAGAAAGUUGGAUGUUAUUCUUACAACUAACAUAGAGAAGCUUGGAAAAGCUGGUGAGACAGUGAAAGUCGCUCCUGGGUAUUUUCGGAACCAUCUCAUGCCCAAAUUGCUUGCUGUCCCUAAUAUUGACAAAUUUGCUUACCUCAUAAGAGAGCAGCGCAAGAUUUAUCAACCCGAGGAAGAAGAAGAAAUUAAAGUCGUUGUAGAGACCGUGGAGGAUAAGAUGAAAGAAUAUGAGACAGCAGCAAGACGCCUGACUAAUUCCCAACUGGUUUGUAGCCUUAUCUAUUAUGAUCUUGAUUCUUUCUCAUUCUAUAGAAAUCGUGCAACAAAAGAUGAAGCUAUAGAAAUCCGUACACCAGUUACAGUGGAUGAUAUUGUGAAGGAGGUAUCAAAGUUCUCAUUCUUGAUAGUUACUUAGCUGAAAAGACUUUUUAAAUUUAUUAUGCAUGGGAAAUGGAAAAUAGAAGUUUCAAAGAGCUUUAUGUGAGAAAGCUCUUGCCAUUGCUUGGUUAGAGUAUACAUAUGUAGAAUCUUGUUUAUCCAACUUUCUUUCACACAUUGGACAUUUGUGCAGGCCAUACCUUUUGCAUUCCAUAGCUUCAAGCGGGGGUAGAAACUAGUAAGUUAGGAAUGGCUUGCAGAUGCUUAAUACACUGGAAACAUGGAUUUUAAAUAAACAUCUUUGACCAGAAAAAUACACAUCAUUGUAGUAGUGGCUGCUGUCCUAGGCUUUGGACUGGUCUCUGGAUGAUUUCAUCAUAUAUGUCUAAGUUAUGAAAUUAUUGUUUGGUGUCAUCUUUGUAACCGUAAAUGUAAGCCUCUUAUUCACAAAUGAACUUGUGGAGGGUUUGGGUUUUAAGAUAUAUGUUGCCAAUGAAAUUUUGUUGU